AUGAAUCUUAUAACAAAUCGUUCAUUUCUUUAUAUGAAUUGUUUAUUAAUUGAUAUGUUAUUAAAAAUUUUUCUUAGUUCAGGUGAUUGGUUAAAUGCAUGUGUUGCUAUUGAACGAGCAAUUACUAGUCUUCGAUAUAUAGCUAAAUGUGUUAUACCAAUAAUAUUCUCUUUAACAAUUCUUACUUAUAUUCAUGCUCCAAUGUCUCGUCAAUUAUUUGAUGAUGAAGAUGAACAACGAACAUGGUGCAUUGUUAAUUAUUCAUUUCAAUUGAAAAUAUUUGAUAGAUUUAUUAAUCUAUUUCAUUUUUUAAUACCAUUUAUAAUUGAUUUUCUAUCUAGUCUGAUUAUCAUUAUUCAAGUAUUUAAAACUCGAACAAAAACUCAAAAGAAAGUAAAAAAUAAAACUCUUUUUUAUGUUCAAAUCAAUCGACACAAACAUCUUAUUAUUGCACCAUGUAUUUUAAUUCUAUUAGCUUUACCUCGUUUAAUAAUAUCAUUCUUAUCAAGAUGUAUGGAAUCAACUCAUGAUCCAUGGCUUUUUUUUAUUGGUUAUUAUAUUUCAUUUAUUCCAUCAUUACUUAUCUUUACAGUAUUUGUAUUGCCUUCAAAAAAAAUAUGA